AUGGCAAAACAAUACGGCCCGACAGACAUCAAGGCGUCGGCCAUAGAGUUGAUUGGAAACACGCCUAUGGUUGCGUUGGACCGGAUAUGGCCCGGACCGGGACGAAUACUAGUAAAGUGCGAGUUCAUGAACCCCGGGGGCAGUAUAAAAGACAGGGCGGCUCUGGGCAUGAUAUCGGGGGCGCUCGCCAACGGACAGCUUAAACCCAACGGGCCUAUCGUCGAGAUGACCAGCGGUAACACCGGCGCCGGUCUGGCCGUCAUAGCGGCCGUUAUGGGACACCCAUUGACGCUUACAAUGAGUGCCGGCUGUAGCGCUCAGCGGGCGGUUAUGAUGCGGGCGUUGGGCGCCAACCUAAUGCUGGCCCCACAGGUAGAGGGCUCGCCGGGCAAAGUGACCCAUGUGGGCUCUGCCGGUGCCUAUACUGGAGUUUCGCAGUAUUUGAAAAGCCAGAGCCCGGAUGUUAAGUGUUUUGUGGGCGAACCGGCCGGCGCUGAGGCCGUGAAGGGUUUGCCGGUUACCAAACCCAUCCAUAUGCUGAUGGGGUCGGGCUUUGGGAAGAUUGUGCCGCUUUUCAGUUACGACACAAUGGAUGGGACGGUGAGUGUGACGGACGAGGAGGCCGUCAAAUACAAGAAACUGUUGGCCCGUAAAGAGGGUCUGUAUGUGGGCUAUACGUCGGGCGCUAAUGUGGCCGCAGCUGUCAAGCUGUUUGAGUCGGGUCAAGUGCCCGCUGAUGCCUGGGUGGUCACUCUACUCAAUGAUACGGGACUUAAAUAUCCAGAGUAA